AUGGCUGGUAUCUUGUGUGAUCAUCCCCUGUUCAAAAUGAACGUUGAGCUCCUUAGCUGGGACCAACAUCUUACAGCUUCGGACGUUUUGCAUUGUUCUCCUAAAUUUUGGGCUCUGCAAGCCGAUCCCAUCAUGGCAACAGACAUCGCAUGUUACACCAUCUUGGCGGCUCACGUUGGACUCACGAUCGGUACUAUUGCAAAGUUUGCAGAGUCUAGGGAUGAUUUGAAGUCUCUUAUCGAAAAACUCCUACGACUUGAUAUUGUCGGCGUUUAUUUACUGAGCGAGCGAGGUCACGGACUAGACGCUUUCAAUAUUGAAACAACUGCUACACUUACUGAACAUCAUUUCAUUCUCAAUACUCCUCGAGAGGAGGCAGCGAAAUGGAUGCCCGCGACAACCCCGUUGUAUGGUGUUCGAAAGGUGGCGGUUGUGAUGGCGCGAUUGAUCGUUUCUGGCUCUGAUCGAGGUGUUCGGCCCUUUAUCGUGCCCAUAUGCGAUACCCGACAGAUGUGCAGUGGAAUUACCUCCACAAGACUCCCACCUCGCACAGGGUCAUCUCCGCUCGAUUUUUCUAUUACAAGUUUCAAUAAUGUUCGGUUGCCUCAUAGUGCCUUACUAGGAGCCGAUCUUGGGCUACCUGAAGACCCAUUGAAAGCAUGGUGGGAUGAGAUGUGGCGAAUACCCUUAGGAACGGCUGCUGUGGCUGCUCCUCUCAUACAGGGAGUUAGACACGCAGCAUAUAUUGGUGGCCAGUAUUCUCUACAUCGAAUGAUCAUGGGGAAAGGCCCAGCGCCUGUUUCUAUCCUGACCUUCCGCACGCAACAGCGCCCUGUCCUCCAAGCCAUUGCAUGUGCAAUGGUUCUCCAUAACUGGUUUCCUCGCUGCAUAAAGGAUUUAAUGAAUGAUAGUCUUGAUCAUCGGGUCAGACAUGGGCUGGCUGUUAUUUUGAAGACGAGUGCAAGCCGCCUUUCACAGCUUUGCAUUCGCGAAGUUGCGGAACGUUGUGGUGCACAAGGGACUUUCGAGCACAAUUGCUUGAUCCGUAUGGAAGCUGAUGGUCGAGGAGUCAUCAUCGCCGAAGGAGAUGUUCUUGUGCUUUGCAUACGCCUAUUCACCGAGCUCCUUUUGGACAGAUAUACCAUUCCUUCUCCUCGUCAUGCCAACACGAUCUUGUGGGAAAACGUCCUCCAGAACUUUAAAGAGUGCAAGCGUGUUUUGCACGACAAUAUUGGCGACCACCGCAGCGACUCAUUCAACAGACUCCUCUUACCUCUGGCAGAGUCAUCUAUCGCAGCGAUCGGACACGCGUUGGCAUAUUCUGCCGCAAUUGACGCUGGUUUACCGCAACCCGUCAUCGAUAUGUUUGAGUCUGUUGUGCAGCGCAUCAACCAUGGACCUACACUUGAGCAGUGUGCACGAGAAGAUCCGGUGAUUAAUCGCGCUCUUCCGCAAAUCGAAGAAUAUUUGUCCCAGUUAGACAUAGAGCCAUAUGUCUCUGCGCCAAUUGUGACAGACAAGCACUGGAAGGACUACGUGGGCUUACUACCGACGUACUACGGGAACGCGAACCGUGAGGAUGUAUUGGAGCCACUGAUAUCAGCUCGUUUGUGAGGAAGAAUACUUGACAUGCGUGGUCUAGCAGCUCGUUUAUGAUUGGGACUAACCAUGAUGAGGCGACAUGACAUUGUAG